CAACACUGGCCCGGUCGUGUCCAUAAUGGAAUUAAUGGACGCGAAGUGGAUACAUACCUAUAAAUUGUAAAUUUGAAAUUGCUUUCCUGUUGAAUUUUAAUUGCAUGUAAAGUUUAUUACUUAUUUAGAUGAACAAUAUACUUUCAGUAAUUUUUUUCUUAAGUUGUAAUAUGAUAUAUUUUGUGAUGUUGGUGUUUUCCUCUAAAUUUUCUUAAACAGGUUAUCCUUUACGUAGUCAACAAAAAUAAACUUUAGCAACAUAAAUAUCUGAAAUGGAAGUUGUAGAAGAGACGUCUAUAGUGAAUUCUACAGUGGAUGAUAUGAAGUCCACUCUUGCAAACAACGAAACCCCUACAAUAUCCCAUGAAGUGGAUGGAUGUCAAAAGACAAAUGGAUUCGCCGAGUCUGAGAAAAUCAAACAUUGCGAUAUAAAAGAAAACGCAACAGAUAAUAGUUGUGUUGGGUCUGAAAGUGAAAUUGAGGUUGAAAGUAAACCUGAUGUGGUUACUGCUGAAACUCAAAAACCGGUCAUUCCCUUAUCAGCCGAACAGCAUAUUCCAUUGCAGAACACAGAAGCUAGCGGUACCGACUUACUAAAUAAAUCGGAUAGUAAUGUGGUAACAGCCAAUGUUUUAAGUACACAACCAGAGUCAAAACAAGUUGAAAAUGAAUUAGAAAAGGACCCAUGUGAAAUUGAAGUUAAUAGUUCUGAGGUAAUCCACAAUGAUAAUGUCACAUUUGAAACAGAAAUUUUGGUAGAAACCAAUGAUGCUGAUGUUAAUGAAAUAAUAGCAGAAGAAUCAAUACAAGAUACGGCAAACAGUAUCUUAAGUGAACUUGGUCAUAGUGAACUUAGUGAAGCAUUACGCUCUUCAGGUAGCACUGAAAAUGGAGAAAACAAUAAUCAUAGUACAAGACAGGAGGUAUUUAAUAAAGAGGAAUUAUUAGAUAUUUUAGAAGGCAAUGAUGUCCAACAAACAAGUAAUGAUGUACAAUAUGAAGUGGAAUUAGAUUGUUCCAGUGGUCCAGACUUGGAGGCCUCAAUAGCUUUGCAGCAACUAUCUAAAUUAAAAAAAAGUAGAGCUAAAAUGACUUCACGCAAAAAAAAUGUUAAAAUUGCAGUAAGGAAAUCAAUCUCUAAAGAGAUUAAAAAGGAAGAUAGUAUAGUUAAUUUACUAGUGAAAGAUUGGGAAGAUGAUGUGCCUGUUGAAGGAGAACAGACUGACAAGUUAAAAGAGGAAUGUGAUAUUGUUUUAAAUUCUUCUGAAAAAUUGAUAAAGACACAGGAGACUUGUAUAGAUUCUUCAGUGACUGAAGGUUUGAAUAAAAAUAAUGAAGAUGGUCAACCUCAAAGAAGAUUCAGUAGAGUAAUAAAGAAAAAAGUUAUAUUUGAUCCUGAUAACCCUGAUACAUUUACAAAAAGUAAGUCAGCUGUUAAAAAUAAAGAAAUCCAAAUAGAAAAGGAAGAACCACCAGUCAAAAAGAGCAAAAUUGACCAAGUUCAUAGACCUAAGUCAAAAUCUCCUAUCUCAAAAUUACAGUGGAAAAAACCUUCACCAAAAAAUAGUACUAAGCAAAAUAGGAGACUAACAGAAAUUGACAGAUUGUUAAUGGAUGAAGGUGCAGUAAACAUGAUAUAUCAGUUGACACCUGAAGCUCCAAAGGGCAAAAAGAAUAUGAAGACCAAAGCAGAAUUUAUAAAGAAAAUACAGAGUUCUACACCUGAAAGUAAAGAAAUGAAGUUUAGAGAGAGAAAAAAGGAAACUGGUAAAUGUGAUGAAGGAGAAGCUAAAAAGAUCUUGGGAGGCAAACAUAGAGCAUCACUAAGUAGUUCUGUUAAAUCUCCAUCUGUGUGUGAGGAUUUUGAAACUCAUAGUGCAGAUGAUUCAAUAAUUUACCGCCGUCAUUCAUCCAGUUCUUAUUCUAGCACUUGCAUGAGUCCACGACGCCUAAGUGAUGUGGAGAGUGGCAGCCAAACAGCUCAAGGCAAGGCUUUAGAUAAUGAAAGCCAAACUGAUGAGGCAGGACAAGGUAGUGUUGUUGCAGACACUUUUAUUUCUGAUAUUAAAAAAAUACCUAGUAGUGAAAUUAUCAAUAGAGAUGAUUGUUUAUCAAUAAAAGAAAAACUAAAUUCUAAAUUAUCACUUGCAUUAAAUAAGAGGAAACGUGAAAUCACAAAAAUUGAUAAACCAAUCAAACAAAAGAAAAUAAAAGCAAAAGAAAAUUUGAUAUCAUUUAAAUUCUUAUCACUUACAUUUGAUCAAAGAGUUGCUGAGAUUUGCAUCAGGAAAUCAGGAUGUAAAUGGAGUAUUGAGGUGUUUAAGGAAUUGGUAAAUGCAUUCAGUUAUGUUGACACAAGGAAAGAUGUAUCUGUGACAUUAUUAACAUCUGAGUGUGGUACAUUAUGCUCGCAGUUAAACCUGACACCAUUGUUAGAUGACAAUACAGAGAAAAGGACAAAUUUUGCAUAUGAGCUUGCUGAAUCAAUCAGGUCAUUCCUGAGUUUGUUGGUUCAGCACAAUAAACUGGUGUGUGCGGCAGUAUCGGGGCCGUGUUUUGGCGUUGCUCUUGCGCUGGUAGCAUUGAGCGACAUAGUCUUUGCCUCGGAAUGCGCCAAUUUCUCCCUAGCCGACCCCAUGAUGGUCGGAGCGCCUUUAGUGCCAGGAGCCGCAGCGUUAACGGCGCCACACCAUUCCUUAUCACAGUCUUUGGUAAAAGAUUUGCUUAUAUUUGGACGCCAACUGUCCGCGUCUGAUGCCUUGCAGGGUGGCUUAGUAAGCCGUGUUCUAUGGCCUGACAGGUUUCUGAGCCAGCUACGUGGCAUCGUUAAAGAUAUUGCAAGUCAACCGCCGCCGACUCUUUUGCUGAAGAAAAGGUUAAUGCAGUUGAGAAACGGUUCCGACAUCACAUUCCUGUCGUGUUUGGAAAAGGAACGGGACCUGAUUGUUGAAUAUUGGACUUCGGCUGAGGGCCAGGAUUUGCUCCGUGCAGCCCUCGCUACCACCUAAAAUAGACCUGUAUCAUCAACAACGGUCACCUGUGCUUGCGCGUGUCUUGCGAUGAUCUUAUUUGGGUAUGGUUACAAGUUGAUAAAAUUGUUAUACUUAAUACUUAGAUUUACAACAUUCAGCACAACAAAAAAAAAAAAAAAAAAUACUAGAUAAUUUUUGUUUUAUUUAUUGACCUUUAUAGUGCACUUGUUAAGCUUGUUGUAUUGUAAAGAUGUAGCCCCGGGUUUGAAUCUCGGUUGGUCAAUUCUGAAAAGAUACUUUAAAUCGGCUCAAAUAUAGGUUUUGUGGACCAUGCCUAGAUGUUCUGUGAACACAUAGGUGUGACAGUCUGGCAGUAUAGAAGUAUGUAUAGUGCGUUUCAAUAGAAGCUAUUGUAAAGGUUUGUUGAAAUUAUUACAAAAACAAUCUCUAAAUGAAAUUAGGAAUUAAAUAGUUUCAAUCAUUAAUAGAUUUGUUAUUUUUUUGUUUGAUAUCAGUAACUGUCGGUUGUCGUGGUCGAGUUUUUUAUUCAUUUGUUUACUUUUUCAUUUUGGAACAGACUACAUGUAUAAUUCGGUACGGCAUUUUGUUACAUAAAAUAAGAUAAACCAUUUCCAUUCUUUUGGUUUUUCAAAAUGAAUGAAGUUUUAACCAGUCAAUGCUUAAAACUUUUUUCAAUUUGAAAACCUUUUUUUUUUCUGUAUUAUGAAAUUUAAUAAAUAGGACAAAUAAGGUUAGGCAAUUUACAUGUUAAUUUUACUACUAAAUUUGUAAUUAACUCACGAAGUCUUUUUUAAUAAAUUGUGGAAAGUAAAAGAAUGGAAAGGUUAUAUUUUAUAUCAAUGAAGUUAAUUUAUAGGGAUGCCAAAUAAAUAUUUGUGAAAUAACAGAAUAUAUAAUAUGGUAAAUGACAAGUUUUACCAGUAUUUACUAAUAUCCCUAUUAUGUACUCCUCUGAUCUCAAUUUGUAACACGAUAGAAAAGUAAUCGAUAGGCGAAUAUAAAAAAAAAAUAUAUAUAAUUUUUUUACAUACAAAUGCGCUAUAAACGUGCUUUACACGUUGCAGGCCAAUUAUAAAAUUAGGCAGAUUAUAUCUUAUACAGGAUUUAAAAGCGGUAUGCGUUAAUCUAACAAAAAAAUUAUUAACUAUGCAUAUAACCCCUGAAUAGAUUAUAUUUUUGUCUGGAACCAUCUUAAGCAAUCUGGAAUUUAUAAUGACGUAAUAUGGAGGUAAACAACAUGCAUAUCAUGAUGUUCCUAUGCGUUCUUGGUAGUGAUGUAUGAAUCGGAAUGAUUUCAUUAUUCGAAUAAAUAAUAAUUAAUAUCUUGAUAAAAUCGAAAUAUUAACUAUAAAAUGAAAUACUUGUAAAUAGUACAUAAAUAAAAGUAUGUUUAUAUACUUAUAUCAAAAUAAUAACAGUCGAAUCAUUUAUUAUAGCAUUAGGAUUUCUAUAAGCAUGUUUUAAUCACUUUUUGUGUAUUUAUGUAUGGCUUUCUCGGCGCACUAAUAAAUAGUUUUUUCGGUGACUUUAUAUCUACUAUUUGUGUGCAUGUACAUAGCCAUUUUUUUUUUGGAAACAAAAAUUAACAAAUUUAAAUACUGACCAAAUUCGUGUAUGACACUCGAUGAUUGUUUACUUUCGUGUGACGUCACUGACGCCAUAUUGUUGAAAAGUUGCGUUUCGUCGGCCUUGUACUUUCAAGUAGCUGAAAAUCAGUCAAAUAGCCUAUUACUCACUAAUGAUUCAUAUUGAUAAUACAAUUGUCCUGUAUAAAAAUAUCUGUUUGUUUUAAAUUGCCAUGACUAUUUGGUAAUCCCAGCGGUUUUUUUUUUACAAUAUUAAGACUAAGAAAUUAUAUAAUGAUAGAGCGAGAAACAUACACAUAAUCUGUCUUAUUUUAAGAAUGGCUUGUGAUGGGCUACUAUUUGCGACACUGAAUUAUAAUUUAUAUAUUUUAUUUAUACAGAUAGAAUAUGAUGGCGAUAUUAGCAUUAGGGCAUUUAUAAUAGGAGACACAUUGGUAAAGUAUAAUCACAUUUUGAGGAUAAUUAUGUAAAAAACACUAGUAGGUGUAGUUACAUUCCUCAACUUUGUCGAGGUAAUAUAUUAACAAUGUUUCAGAGAUUGCCAUUUGAAAAUUUUCUUGUUACGCUAAUGGUAAAAAAUGGCUUUUGAUUUCAUGUUUUUACAUAAUGAUGUAUAUGCAAGUUUUAGUUAUCUAACUAUAUCUAUUAUUUUAAUUCAUUUUCACAGCUCGAUUUUUCAUUUUGUAGAUUUCAUAAAAGUUAACUUUAUGCAUAGUAAAAUAAAUAUUACGUAAGUAAACUGCCUUAUCUUAUUUAAUUAUCCUAAUUAAAGAUUAACCUAACCUAUUAAAGAUACAGUGGCCAAGGUAAUCUGAGAGAUCAGCCAGCGUAGUGUGGGCGAUCCCCGUGAUGAGAUGACCUUAAGUGUUACAGUGUAGAUGAAUGCAAGUAGCUCAGGAUUGUGUAACGAAAUAUGAAGGAAAUGUAUGUAAUGAUUAUGAUGAAGGAAAUUAGGUUGGCAAGUUUAACAAUUUUUACAAAUUAAUGAAAAAUCGAGCUGUAAAAUAAAAGGAAAGAGCAUGGUAUUGUAAUAGUUCUGUGUAAUAACACAAUUUCGGAUUAUCUGUAAAAUAGUGUGUCGUGGACCAAUAUUUAAUAGACCGUUUUACAUAUAAUAAGCAAUAGUUUUAUAACCGAUUUUGUAAUAUUAGUACUUUCACAAAGGGAUCGAUUUUGAAGCGCUUUUUUCAGUCUCUCAGAUAUAUAGAUUCAUAUUAUGUAUUAAGAUCAUAAGUUUAGCGAAUGACGCUUACCAUUGAUCCCAUUGAGCGUCUCCUAAUUUAAAUGCUCUAAUUUUCAGCCUAUUUUAUAUAUUAUGUAAGAUACUCUUUAUUUUGAAUAUUAUCAACUAGAUUAAAACCAUGUUGAGAAAAACGCAUCACAUAUAUGCUGUUAGUUUCAUUAUACUAUCAAUAGUAAUGUAAUAUUGAAUGCAAUGAUGACUACACUGAAAUUCGAUGUUAAUGUCCUACAUAAUGUACAUUACCUUGUGUAAAAUGUUACUGUGCUCAGAAAUGUGCAUAAUAAAAGUAAUAGUUAUUACAAUUCUGAUAUAAUUAUCUAUAUCAGAUUUAUAUAUGUAGUUAAGUAUGUUUAAUUAAUUAUAUGUAUUGUGAAUAUUAAGAGACUAGAAAAGAAUAUUAGGAAAGGGCGAUUGUUUGUAAGGGUAGGUUUAGAAUAUUUUAAGUAUUUUGUGACUAGACUUGAAAAAUAUUGGGGGUGUAACAGUUUUAAAAUUGAGACUACCGUAAAAAUCAUAAGUAUAUCUACAAAUGUUUAUAGUAAAUAUUUGAUAAAAGUACUUGUAAGAGCUAUAAAUAAAUGUGUAAUGUAAUGUGGCAUAAAGCAUGGAAUUUCCAGGAAUAAUUAAGUGUUAGUAGUAUUUAGUUAGAUUAUCAGAUUAUGUUAUGUUAUAGAUAAAAUUGUUUAUCACUUUGUUUUAGAUGUUUAUGAGUUUAUAAUUUAGAUUAAUUGUGUUUUAGCCAAAGCUCUUAACUGAAAUAUGUAGUUCUAAAUCGUAAAUGGCUAACUAAUAAUUUCCAUCUUCAAAUAUUACAUUAAAAAAUAAGAGUUCGUGCCCACUGAUGUAUAUGUGGAGCACCUUUAAGCCCAUUACGCCGUAUCACUCUUAAACCAUACCAUACUAACGAAUGUAAGAAAAUAUUAUUGGUAGCUAAACGCAACGAUAAGACCGUUUUGUCACCGGCCACCACCGUAUCUUGCCAAUAUGAGAUAAUCAGCAAUCCCAUUUUUUGAGCGCAAGGCACGCGAUAUUGCCAAAUUAGUAUCUGCAGGCAGCUUAUGAAGGUAAUGAAUUCAUUAGCGUUGAAAGUUUUAAGGAAUAUGUAUGCUAAAGUGUUAAAUAGUAUGUAUACUCGUACAUAUUUUUGUAAUGUGAUUUGUGUUGCAUGGUCUUAUAACCUAUUGUGGUCGUGGUGAGAUAAUUGUAAUACGGUGUAAUGGAUUUGGAGAUUUAUCUCAUCAAAUUGGUACAUGGCACUUCUUAGCGAAUUACACAGCGUGCUGGCGACGAUGUAAAGGAUGAUUUCCACCAAAUGGCUCGCAUCGGAUAGGAUCGGAAUAGACUUUACAAUCUUUAAACGAUAUUAAAUCGUGUACACAGAUUUAAGGUCUAUAUUACCAAGCCGCACACAUCAGCUUAACCGCGGGCGUCUUCCGCGAUACGCGAUCGCAACCGAAAGUAUGCUGCAACGCGUGAUUGGCUCCGUUCACAUGUCGUCGUAUUUGAUGGGAUCCUUUUGGCUGUCGUCGAGUGUGUUCAAAGCCGUGACCGGGCGGCAUCACUCAUUUUCUUUUCCUCUUCUGUUUUAAAACUAUUUUAUUCUAAUUCUAUGCUAACUCUAUUCUAAUGCUAUCCUAACAAUAUUACAUCAACCAUUUUCAGAAAUUAAAACUCGUCAACACGGUAGUAUUCAAACUGUUUGACUAGGCGCAGAGACGGAUAUGUUCACAAGUGAUGAUACGAAGUAUGCGCCAACUCCUUUCGGAUACGAUAGGAUGACGCCGCCUUCGUUCUAUUGCUUUCGAUUCAAUGCGAUGCGAGCCGUUUAGUGGAAAUCGACCCUAUGACGUUUAUGAACUCGUGGAUAGCACUAUAUUGGGAAGAAAAGAGCGAGUGUACGCUAAUCCUUAUAUGGCUCUCAGAGCGUCGCGUAUAAGUUGAUGUGCUAUUAUUAAAGGGAAUUUAUAAUUAUAUGUUUUGAACACGUAAUUCUACAGACAUCGAUAAUGGGCGGUCUUCUCAGGCUGUAUUCUCGCCAAUAAAAUGUAUUUGUGCUAUUUUCGAUAGUAUUUGUAUUCUAAACCAAGAGAUGAAGAAGUAAAUAUUGAAUAUGACUAUGUAAAUAUUUUUCGCUAUCAAGAAUACAGCCAAAGAGCAUUCAUUCCUUUUUCUAUAUAAAGUUGACUGUUGAAAUUAAUUAUAUUCAAUUUCUUUAUAUUCAUUUAAGAAUUUAUGUAUUUAGUUCUAAUAUAUCUAUAUAAGAAAUAUUUGUGUAUACUUACAUUUAAGUAUAGCAAUAAUUUAUUACAUUUUGUUUCUUACUUAAAAUAAAGUGCCUUUAAUGAAA